AUGCAGCUCCGAUCCGGUACAACUAUCAAUGCGACAAAUUCUUCAUCUCGACGUACGACUAAUGCGACUCGAGCAUGCAAUACUCCCACAAACACCACCAGAGCAUCCUCCAGUUCUACGAACACGAAUGUAGUAUCCAAUACUUCUCCAAACGCGGCUCCUGGACCCUCUGGAUCUAGAAGUGUGGAUGUAGCAUCUCCUCAUUCUGAAUUUCGAGCAAGAUUCUCAUGUAUUGCAUCCAACGCCUCCCUCCCAGCAGCAAUCUACUACUUGGAUGGCAUCUUAAAGUCAUUCCCUCUCUUCAAAUACCUUGCUCCGGAAAUCCAGAUAAUGAUCUGGCAACAAGCACUCGAUUUCAACCCCCGAAAUGUUCCGGUCAGAGUUAUUCGACAAAUAGGCCCUGGAGGAUUUAAAUUCGAAACCAAAAUUCCCAUUCCAGGGUGUUACCUGGCCUGCAAAGAGUAUUAUUUACAGGCACGACAACGCUACAGUGUGAUCGACGGCUGUCUAAUUGCCAACGACAUGUCACUGGUACAACACGUUGACCCGAAACUUUGGUUCAACCCUGCAGUCGAUCGAUUUUGUCCCGUUGGCCACUGGAGCUCACAGAGCUUUGAGGUUGGCUCCAAAAUCUUCUUCGACAUCCUCAAAGUUUCAAAGAUCGCAGUCAGUAACUAUUGCGCUGAGUACUUGACAUACAACUUGAAGUCAUGGUCAACGUUCUUCCACAAGCAAAAUAUUCACAAAUGGAGCCCCCAUAUCGAAGAUAUCUUCUCCUACAUCACAACGCAAAGAUUAAUUGCGGAUGUAGAACUAUCUUUCAAACCCCGGGAACCCACAUGUUUCUUUGUCAACCCCCAGCACAGCAUUAAGAAUAUGCGACAAUGCGACGCAGCGGAAAAAGCUGUCGACAAGAUCGUUAGACUACACCGCAACCAGUGUAAAGAGAAUGAAGCCGCGCAGAAUGAAGGUAGACUUCGGAUUAAGCUCGCCGGUGUUCCUCAAUGGCUCUUUGAUGUUGGGAAUAAUUGGUCUGUCCCCGAUUUCCAGCUGAUGGUCGAGACUCAUACUCCAAGUUGGUCGGCUUUGUUUCGCGUAUGGUACUGA